AUGGCCAACGAGCUGGCAGCCGGCGCCGCUGCGAUGGAUAUUCAAGAUCAGAUCCUGCACAAGGCCGAUAGCCAGGCAGGUAGAGCCGGAGGAGGAGGAGGAGGAGGAGGUGGGCGAAAAGCCCGUGGGGGGCGAAGCGGCGGCAGGUCCAGCGACGUCUCGCGCGCGCUGUCACGACUCCUCCGGCACCAGGCCGAGAACGCAGGCAUCAAGCUCGACAGCGAGGGAUACGCCCCUCUCGACAAAGUGCUGGAAUGGGGCCCUCUCAAGUCACUCAGCGUCACGCUCGCCGACGUGCAGGACGUCGUCGCCACCAACGAGAAGAAGCGCUUCUCCUUGAAGCCCAAGUCCGCCGACGUUGCCGGGUCCUGGGCCGGCGACUACCUCAUCCGCGCCAACCAGGGCCACUCCAUCAAGCUCGAGUCGUCGUCGCUGCUGGAGCCGCUGACGCUCGAGGCCGGCAACGUGCCGCCGCGCGUCGUCCACGGCACCUACUAUGCCUUCUGGGAGCCCAUCGUCGAGGCCGGCGGCCUGCGGCCCAUGAGCCGCAACCACGUGCACUGCGCCGCCGGCACGCCCGACGAGGGCGUGGUGAGCGGCAUGCGGCGCGACGCGCAGCUGCUCAUCGAGAUUGACGUGGCGGCGAGCCUGGCGGCGGGCGUCAAGUGGUGGCGGAGUGAUAACGGGGUGAUCCUGACGGAGGGCGACGCGGAUGGGCUGGUGGGAGUUGAGUUCUUCAAGAGGGUCGAGGGCAGGGGCCAGGACGUGGGCGUGCUCUGGGAGGACGGCGUGAGGGUCGCGGACAUUCCGCCGGGGGUGAAGAGGACGGUGCCGAACGGCAAGGGCCCGAGGGGAGGAGGACGAGGUGGAGGGAGGGGUGGGGGGGUGUAG